AUGGCACUAUCAGCCAGUUCUCAUCGCCGCUUUCCGUGCACAUACGCUGAGUGCUUGCAGUCAUUUGACACCUACGAAAAAAGAUCUUUGCACAAGGACAUCGAGCACGAUUAUUGCCUGCGUUGCGACAUCGACUUUGCAAACUUCGAGGCCUUUCUCAAGCACAAGAUUGAGAGUGACGAGCAUAUUGUCUGCCCCUUUUGUGGCGUGCAAUUCGAGAGCCACGAUGGCAGAGAUGCCCACAUUCGUCGCGCCCAUCCCAUCGACCAUCAAAUCCAAUGCCCGUGGAAGAACUGUGACAGGAUCUUCAAGACCGCGAAUACCUAUAUCAACCAUAUCGAAAAGGACCAAUGU